GAUACUCCAUUUCGCUGUUCUGAGUUUCUGACAGCCCAAACCCUCACCCUUUUGUUCCUCUCUUCAUGCUCUCUCGAGUCUCGCCUUCGUACCUCUCCCCAAUUCCUAUCUGUCCAUGAACGUUCCGAAGCCCUAGUACCCUUCGAAUCGUGAAAAACCUCCAUUUUUUAUCUCUCCGACCAUUCCGUGUCCUGUGAAACUGUAUUUUUGAGUUCUUUAAUCCCGUCGGGUUCUGUUUCCUAUCGCGUUCGUUGUAUCCCUGUGUUUCCUUCUAUUAUAUUCGAAUCUUACUCCCAUUUCGAUCUUCUUUCUUUGAUUUCUGACUUUUAUCUGUAGCGAUGGCCGGAGGCAGGGUUGAUCUACCGGAGGAUCUUCUCUCCUUGAAAACGGGUGAUGAGCCGUGGAACAGUAAAGAGGAAGUUUCAUUAGGGAAUGAUGAGGGAAAGAUGCUUAUGGGGUUUCUUGAUGAGUCAAAAGAUCAAGCAACAUCGGAGAGCACAAUACCUUUGUCUCCCCAAUGGCUCUAUUCGAAACCAAGCGAGGUUAAAUCAGGGCUUUCUGGUGCAUCAGGGGAUGCACGGGCACAAAUUUCUGUGCCUCAUGGAAGCUGCACUGAUCCAGUUCAGAAAGAGGGUUGGCGUUUAGAUGGAUCUCAGGAAAAAAAAGAUUGGAGGAGGGCUGCAACUGAUAUUGAAAGCACUCGCCGUUGGCGCGAGGAGGAGAGAGAAACUGGGUUACUAGGUAGAAGAGAACGCCGAAAAGAUGAUCGUCGUGUGGACAAUGUUUCAGUCCGUGAAGAGUCUAGAAAUUUGCCUUCCUCUGAUCGGUGGCAUGAUGUAAAUAAUCGUAGUUCUGGGCAUGAAACACGACGUGACAACAAAUGGUCAUCAAGGUGGGGUCCAGAAGACAAAGAGAAGGAAUCUCGAGCUGACAAGAAGAUCGAAGUUGACAAAGAAGAUACUCAUAUUGAAAAGCAAUCUUUUGUUGGCAGCAAUCGUGCAGCUUCUGAGCGUGAAACUGAUUCUCGUGAUAAAUGGAGGCCACGACACCGGCUAGAAGUUCAUUCUGGUGGCUCAACUGUGUACCGUGCUGCACCAGGAUUUGGGCUGGAGAGAGGACGAGUGGAAGGUUCCAAUGUGGGAUUUGCUCCAGGACGAGGGAGGGCAAACAUCAUAGGAAAUCUUUCACUUCAUAGGCCUCCCUCUGCUGGUCCUAUUGGUGCUCCUUUAGAUAAGAAUGGAAAUAUAUGUGGGAGAUCUGGCCUCUCGGCAUAUAUGUUUUGUUAUCCGAGGGGAAAGCUUCUUGACAUUUACCGUAAGCAAAAGCUAGUUUCAUCCUUUGCUGCACGACCUGAUGGGUUGGAAGAAGUACUCGCAAUAACUCAGGAAAGCCCUGUUGAGCCAUUGGCCUUUGUUGCACCUGAUGGGGAAGAAGAGGCUGUCCUUAAUGAGAUUUGGAAAGGAAAAAUCACCAGCGGUGGAGUUGUAUAUAAUUCAUCUCGAGACAAGAUAGGAAGAUCUAAUGAAAAUUUGGCAGGUCCUGGACUCCUUGCAUCUACUGAGAGCAAGCAACAAGGAAAAGUGCCUCAUAUUCAUGCUGAUGGUACCAAUGAAUGCAUUGCAACUGCUGCAAUCAAUGAUGCCCGUCAGGGAACUGAUGUUGGCUCCUUUGAUGGUCAUGCUCCACAAAUUUCUGUUUUUGAUGAAAGAGACCUUUGUCUGGAGAAAGGUGAAAAUGAUGUUCUGGAUGGGAAGGGUUGGUCACAACCUGAUCGCUUGCCUGUUGCAGUUUCAAGGAUUAAUGAUGUUUUCACUGCCGGAGGUUUUGGUGGUGCUCAUAUUGACUCCAAAAGUGGAGGUGAAAAUCGGCUAUCAGAGGAUUCAGAUUUCCCCAAGUACCCUAGUUCAGGAGGCAGCAUGUCUGCUACUAGUUUUGAUAUCGGUAGCAAGCUUCCUGAUGAUUCAAGUUCUCUAUUUGAUCUGUCUUCUGUCCCGCUGGCUUCUAGUAGUCAGAAACAGUAUUUGAAGAGCAAUGGUAUUGAAAACCUAACCCCUCCUGAAGAAUUAAGUUUGUACUACUGUGAUCCUCAAGGAGAGAUCCAAGGACCAUUUCUUGGUGUUGACAUCAUUUCUUGGUUUGAGCAAGGCUUUUUUGGGACAGACUUACCUGUCUGUCUGUCAGAUUCUCCUGAAGGAGCACCUUUUCAAGAACUUGGGGAUGUCAUGCCACAUUUGAAGACCAAAGUUGGGUCCUUUUCCAGUUCCGAUGUGGCUAUUCAGCUUGAGCCUUCUGAUGCUAUUGAGAGCAGUGUGAGCUCUGUUAUAGCUGCUCCUGUUCCUGCAUCUGUUCCUGCACCCCCUGCUGCUCCUGCCUCUGCCCCUGCUUUGGUAGCUUCAGCUGGCAUUGAUGACCAGCGCUGGAUGUCUUCUGAAUUUGAAGGUCUUAAUGGUCACCAGAUUCAUUCGAUUAUGUCUAAACGUGAUAAUCCAAUGGAUCCUCAUAAUUCUGAAACGCCUAGCUUUCAUGAUUUUGUUGCACAAGAUGAGGAAGUAGUGUUUCCCGGGAGGCCCGGAAGCAGUAGUGGAAAUCCUAUUGCAAAACCUUCUGCUAACAUUCGUGAUACAUUGCCAAAUACUUCCAGCCAUCCUUUUCUUUCAAAUGAAUUGGUGCAAGAUACAAUGCCAAUUCACCAGGAUAGUACAUUGCAUCCUUUUGGCUUGUUGUGGUCUGAGCUCGAGGGCAAUCAUCUGAGGCGUACACAAUCAUCGAUUAUGUCUUCUAGUGGUAGUGACCAGAGCCAGCUUCUGAAUCCUCUUGGUGGAAGAGAUGCACCUUUUGUGAGUAAUAAGCAGAGUUCAUUUGGUGCAGUGGUUGAUUCCCCCCUUGUUGGGGACACAUGGACUGAUGGCUAUAGAAGAAAUACACUUUCAAACACCAAUAUACAUAACCUAUCACAUCUAGAACAAGAAUCCAAUCGCUUCGAUCUAGCUGAGCACUUAAUUUCACAACAGUUACAAAAGCAACCGCUUCAGCCGCAAAAUCUACUGUCUCAUCCUGCACUACAUUUGAAUGAGUCAGUUCUAGAGCAAGUACCAGGUUCUGGUCUAUCUCAGAGCAGGAAUCCUGUUCAUCACCAACAGUCGGCAAUGCCUGAUUUGGAACAUUUUUUUAAGCUUCAACUUCAGCAGCAGCAGUUGCAGCAGCAGCAGCAGCAGCAGCAUCAGCAGUUGCAACAGCAGCAGCAGUUGCAGUUGCAGCAGCAGAAGAUGCAACAGCAAAAGCAGCUUCAUCACCAACAAAUGCAAUUGCAGCAGCAACAGUCUCAAGCUCGAAAGUUGCUUCUUGAACAGUUGUUGCAUCAUCAAAUGCAUGAUCCAGGUUUUGCGCAGUCACGUGUGGAUCCUGUCAGAGGUAACAACAUGCUCGAUCAGGAUUUGUUCAGGCAGCACCUUUUACAUGACAUGCAACAACGUUCCCAUCCUCUUCCCAGGCAUCCGGAUCUAUCUCUUGAGCAGCUCAUCCAAACGAAAUUUGGCCAGAGCCAACAGAGAGAACAUAAUGAUCUACUGGAGCUUCUAUCACGUGCGAAGCAUGGGCAAAUGCUUUCUUUGGAACAACAGCUGCUUCUUCACCAAGAGCAACUGCAGGCAAGACAGUUCUCUAUGGCAUCAAGGCAGCAUACUGGGAUGGAAGAAGAGAGGCGCAUUGGUGGGGUCUGGUCCGUUGAUGAAACUGGUCAUUUUGUUAGAAACACCCCCAGUCCUCACGAGCCUCAUUCUGCAGGUUUUGGUCCCUUGGAUUUUUACCAACGACAGCAGAGGUCUUCCUCAUUUGAGGAGCAACUAGGCCAUCUUGAACGGAAUCAUGGAGUACAGGAAAGAAUACAGCGGGGGUUUUAUGAACCCAGCUCUCUGCCAUUUGAGAGGUCCUCUCUGCCUUCUGGGACUCCUGGAAUGAACCUGGAUGUUGUUAAUGCUUUGGCUCGUGCUCAAGGUGUAGACUUACAGGAACGACUUAGCUAUAUGCACCCAGGCAAUCAAGUGAGUUCAUUUUCUUCUGGUGUUCACCCUCAUCACCAAAAGGUUGCGAACCAGUUUCAUGCUUCACCUUCAGAUGUGAUAGAGAGCCGCUGGUCUGAGGGCAAUGAGCAGGCAGCACAUAGCUGGAUAGGGGCCAGGAUUCAACAAUUGCAUCUUGAAGCACAGCAUAAAAAAAGAGAAUCAGAAUUUAAUACUACUUCUGAAGACCUUGGUUCAUGGGCAUCAGCUGAAGUAAAUGAUAACAAUUCAAAUCAGUUGCUGUUGGAUCUGCAUCAGAAGCUAGGUCUUCAUUCUACCCAGUCAGUAGAAAUGGGUGAUGGUGUUCCUACAGCACUUGAAAGGAGAGAACCCUCCUGGCUGUUUUCUAACACAUGCUCUUUGGAUAAUCCAUUCAAUUUCCUUACAGAGCCACAGCCUAGUCUUAGCAGUUCUUUUGUGGAGGGGCCUCAUGGCUCUAAUUCAGUGCAGGAUCGGUUGGUAGAUGUGGGUAUUGAUGACCAGUCUCGUGGUCGGGAAAGCAGUGAAAGAUUGUCCAUCAGAUCUAAUUCUGGAGCCUUAAUUGAAGAUGAACAUCUUCUUUCUGGCUUGAAUGAGAGUUCUCAGUCCUACCUGGACUCUACUGUGGCUGGUAAAUCAUCUGUGGAUAGGGACUUAUCAGAAACCAAGGAUGGGAAAAAGGGGAAGAAGCGCUUGUCCAAAAGUAAGGUUGCAACUAACAAGUUGGCCUCAGAGGUUCAAGAAAGCAUGGCUGAGCAAGGAGUGGCUUCAGUAGAUCAUGCAGAUAUGCCAAUGAACCCCCCUAUUAGGCAGACUUUACUUGGUAGUGCUGGUGGAAAUGUGGGGCACUACAACUAUGAGAUGGGGCUGGAUAGCACUUGUGGUGAAGAGAUGGCUAAGGACAGGGUAUCAUCCAUGCUAUCAAGAGGGAUGGAUAACUCGUUGCCAAAACAUCCACCUGUCUCGCGUGUUCUAUCAUCCCAUGAAGCAUUGUCGGAGCUAGCCUCCGCCCCCUCCAUUAAGGGGAAAAAUCUGAUGAAUACUGCUCUGCCUGAUGAAGGGAGACGAGAAUCUGGAGGGAAUCUAGGAAGCCAGGUUUCUGAAACUGCUUCGGGUAAGACAGAUGUACGAUUUCGGCGGACUUCAUCUUGUAGUGAUGCUGAUGUGUCGGAUACCUCAUUUAUAGACAUGCUAAAAAGCACUGUUAAGAAGCCAGCGCUGACAGAGGCCGAUACCAUGGCUGGAUCUUCAGAGUCAUCUGAUAAUACACAAGGGAGCCGGAGUGGUAAAAAGAAAGGGAAGAAAGGGAGGCAAAUUGAUCCUACUCUCCUUGGUUUUAAAGUCUCCAGCAAUCGAAUCAUGAUGGGCGAGAUUCAACGCCUUGAAGAUUAACCAGUCACUGGGUUGCUCUUACCUUAUUUUUUUUUUUCAACCCUUCAAAUUGUACAUGUUUGCAUCUUUUGUAAAGCAUUGUAUGGUGUUUGCAUCUUUUGUAAAGCAUCGUAUGGUAUUUUUUUCAUUUGUUUCCUUUCUCCUUUAUCUUUCAUGUCGGGGGAUAGCCUGAUUCAAUUUUGGAAAUCAAGGGAGCCCCAUAUAAAAUUGUGACAAAUUGUAGUUUAGAGACAAGCUUUGUAUAGAUAGAUCAUAGAUGUCAAUUUUUUGUCAUAGGGGAGGUUUAGCUAAUGAAGUAAAUGAUCAUCAUAAACCCCCGGUUUUCUUUUA